GUUACUUCCCCUGACAGGAGAAGGUCGGAAGCUUUCCAGAGGCGGAGAAACAACAACACUAGCUACAGACACUCAAUGAAGUAACAGGUGCUUUCAAGACAGACUUCCGGCUAUUAGCAAAAUGGACGAAACAGACAAUGCGAAACAAGCCGAGUCGAAGACUAUCACUGGUCUUGUGAAGGAAUUUGACAGAUCAGCUUUGAAAAAGACGCAGACGAAGGUGAUCACUGUUGAAGGUGUGCAGAUCAUAGAGGAACGUGAUGCACGGGGCAAGUUUGUGGUACACGAGGUGCGACAGCCCAAUGGCAUUCUGGGAUAUGUAGCAGAUGUCCGCCAGGAUCUCCAAGUUGGAGAGGUGAUGCCCGGCCUCAUUGUUGGAUCUCAAGACGUGGCCCAUAACCUGGACCUGUUGAAGCAGUAUAAAGUGUCCCACAUUCUCAACUGUGCCACACUCGUUGAAAACCUCUACCCUUACAAGUAUAAAUACAAGAACAUUGAGCUGUAUGAUAUCCCCGAGACCCCGAUAAUGCGACACUUCAACGAGGCUUUAGAUUUUAUUGACGAAGGUCGUACAGCCAGUUGUGUUUUGGUGCAUUGCAACGCAGGCGUGUCCCGAUCAGCUACUUUUGUUAUCGCCUACCUGAUGAAGAAGGAGGGGAUUACGUUUAAAGAGGCCUUCAACUUUCUGAGGUCAAAGAGGCCAGCCACAUGCCCCAACCCAGGGUUUGUCUCCCAGCUCAAGAAGUAUGAGGAGAUUUUGAAACAAAAGAAUGACUGCAAGAAAAGUGGAAAGAGCCGUACCCACACACCUUAAUCUUGUGGGCCCUUUUCAUGUUUGUAUAUUUAUUUGGCAUGUAUCCGGUGAUUAUUUGAGAUCUAAAUAUUAUGCACGUUUAACUUCGGGCCUUGAUAAUUCAAACACAGAAUGCCUAGCCCGAGGUGAUGUCCUUCCCUUGCGGUUCUUCUAUCCCUCAUGGUUCAACCAAUGCUUUGUUUUUCUUGUGACUGUACUUCUGUUCCCCUUUGGGACCGGAGGAAUGAAAUGAGAUGAGAUCCACAUGUUGUAUUGAAAAUUGGGGGACUAAACAUUGCAUAUAUUCGUGUUACAUGCCAGAUUUGUCAGACCUUUUCCUGAGGAAACAAAAUCCCAACAUUGUGCAUACGUGAAUGUGUUGACCUGUUAGUGUUGCCUGUAUGUGCUUACUUGUAUCUGCAUACCUGUACGUGCUUACCUGUAUCUGCAUACCUGUACGUGCUUACCUGUAUCUGCAUACCUGUAUGUGCUUACCUGAAUCUGCAUACCUGUACGUGCUUACCUGUAUCUGCAUACCUGUAUGUGCUUACCUGUAUCUGCAUACCUGUACGUGCUUACCUGUAUCUGCAUACCUGUAUGUGCUUACCUGUAUCUGCACACCUAUAUGUGCUUACCUGUAUCUGCAUACCUAUAUGUGCUUAUAUGUAUGUUUAUCUAUAUCUGCACACCUGUAUGUGCUUAUAUGUUAGUGUUUAUCUAUAUCUGCAUACCUGUACGUGCUUACCUGUAUCUGCGUACCUGAACGUGCUUAUAUGUUUGUGCUUAUCUGUACAUGCAAACAUGUAUGUUUAUCUAUAUCUGCAUACCUUCACGUGGUUACCUGUAUCUGCAUACUUGUAUGUGCUUACCUGUAGGUGCUUACCUAUAUGUAUGUGUUUACCUCUAUCCACAUACCUUACCUCAAUGUGCUUGCAUGGAUGCCUUUACUUGUAGUAUGUGCUUGUCUUCUUACCAGUAUCUACUUACUUGAAUGUGCUUACCUCAGGGAUAAUUCUAGUAGGGUGGGGCCUUGUACUUUAACCCCUAAAUUUGAAAAAGGCCCACAUUUUCAAGAACAAUGGGACAUUUUAACGUUGUGCUGUAUGGGCAAGUGUGGGUGUACCUCUGGAAAAUUUAGAAAUUUUUCGGUUAAAGGGCCCAGUUCAGAAAUUUCCUAGAGUGAACCUUGUUACCUGUAUGCGUAAGUUUAUGUGCUGGCCAUUAUGCUUGCCUAUGUUUGUGCUUACCUCAGGGAUAAUUCGGGGUGGGGGGUGGGUGGUGGGGGGGCCUUGUACUUUAACCCCUACAUUUGGAAAAAGGCCCACAUUUUCAAGGACAAUGGGACAUUUUAACAUUGUGCUGUAUGGGCAAGUGUGGGUGUACGUCUGAAAUAUUUAGAUUUUUUCAGAUAAAGAGCCCAAGUAAAAUAUUUCCUAGAAAGAAUCCUGUUACCUGUAUGCACUUGUAGCAUGUGCUUGUAUGUGCAUGCUUACCUGUGUAUGUGCUUACCUAUAUGUGCUUACUGGUAGAACACACCUGUGGAACAGCUAGGUUGUCAGCAACCCAUGCUUGUCGUAAGAGGCGACUUACCUGCAUGUGUGUACCUGCUCAGGUUACAGAGUACAGCAUGGUUUUGUUUUCCUCAGGCUCAGGUUUCACGCGAUGCCCCUCACAUCACUAGAUGAAGAACCAAACUUACACACAGCAUUAGCAAGUGAUCAGGUACCAAAUGUGCAGUAUAGCUCUCAUCCUCUACAUCUCCACGGCUUGCAUUUCAGUAAACCGUUCCUAUGGUUCUCGUGAUCUCAAAUUUGAGUUGCUCGCCAAUUUGAUUUACAACGCUCCUCAGUCUAACGGACCAAUCAGAAUGGGAGUUACAAACCAGCCUUAUGUUGGGAUGGCGAUUUCAACAACAUGGCAUGGUAUUGAUUACGAUAGAGUUUGCAAGAAAUUCAACUUUGAAAAACCGACUGACACACAAAAGAAAGCCCUCAAUUAUCUUUUUGAUAAAAAGAACAUCUUCAUGUCCUUUUAAACUGACGAUGGCUUUGAUUUCUCGGCAAUACAUGUUAAACUUGCUUACCCAUUUCUCUCUUUCUUAUCUCAACAUUUGAUUGGUCGGUAAAAUGUUAAUGAAAAGAAGGGCGGGUAAUUUGUGUGCAUGAGAUUGACGUGAAUGGAUCGAGGGGUUAGUGUAGAUAUACCAAAACGCGAUCCUUGCAGAUAUAGAGGAUGUACAGCUAUGAAACUUCUUUAUGACUUCUUGUUGCAAUAACAAGACAAACGUUUAUGUAUGGGGAUGUCAAUUAAGACAUUUCAUGUAUUUAGACAUGUUGGAAGGAAAUGAUCUGAUGUAUGACACACACAAAAUAGAUUUCUUUGAUCCUUAGUUUAUAAUGACCAAUCAUUAGAUCCUACUGGCUAGGUUAAAACUUGGUAGAAAUCUGGAGUCAGAAACCAUCCUCAAUUAUCCGGGGAAUUGUCUCCAUUCUCGUUUCAAAAAUACCCAGGAUCCUUUCGUUACCAUAGCUUCAUUUUGAGCCCGAUUUGAUGCUUAAGGUAGCCAUCCAGUCAAGUUCUUCUAAGAGAAAAUCUGCGCUAAGAGACGGACGAGAUGAUGACAGUGACAGCACUUCCGAAACUAGCUUUGUGGCAAUGGGUCCAGGGUAUAUAUCAUUAUAAGAUAAUGAUACAAGGGCGGAUCCAACAAAUUUAACAGGGACAGGUCCAAAAUAUCAAAAUCCUCUCUCAGUUAAUUUUACAUACUCUGGAUCCGCCUAUGUGAUAUAAUACCCUUGAUAAACAGACUAGUAUCAAGGGUAGCUUUGUUGUAGGCGUGGUGUUGUUGCUGAUAUUAAACCAAUAACAAGGACAUCAGAACAGUAACAAAAUGGAGAGACUAGUAUUAAGGAUAGCUUAGUUGGAGGCAGUGCUGUUGUAGCUGGUAUAAUACGGAUGAAAGUGAUAGGGAAAUCCACUAGUCAGGCUAGUAACAAAAUGGAGAGACUAGUUGUUUUCUCUUUCCAUAACUGGACAAGUUUGAUAAAAUUUAUAGUGCCUGACAGUGGAUUGGUAUAUGUGUUUAGAGUACAGUUUUCAAUAUUGGGUUUAUUGUGAGUUGUUGAGUGUGCUUGUUCUGUACUUUGAGCCAGUUAGCCAUGACAUAUGAUUUGUUUGAUUGUCUUUGCUUUACUUGAAGGGAUGUUAUUAUAUAUUCUCAAUUUGAUCUUUGGUUGUUAUUUUUCAAAUAUUUGUUUUGAUUCAAAUGGAGUGUUUGUAUUUGUACUGUUUUUGCUCCAUAUAUUACUGGCAAAUUAAGGCUGGACAUUUAGCUAGUGGUUUGUGUGACCGUUUGAUGUCAAAACUCAUGAAAACACUGUCAAUGCAUAUGAAAAUUCAUUUUCACAGUGUAUAUAUUGUAUAUGUUCACAAUUCUCAUAUAAUAUAUUCCUCUUGAUGAAACAGUUAGGCCUGUUAUAUUUCAUUAGUUGGUUUACAAAAUGUUUGCAAUCAUCCUACAAUGCAAUCCCCCAGAUCAGAACUGCUACUGUUGAAUGAGAAACAGACUCAUAGGUCAUUCCAUCACGGAUGUACGUUUGCGAAAAGAUACCAAAAGAUAAUUGAUUUUUUUUACUUAAGAAUUUUUUUUUUGGUACAUAUUAUUCACCAUGUUUUACUGAUAGCGGCGACAAAAUCUUGUGCUUGUUUUUUCCAUUUCACUUAUUAUAAAACAGAGUCACUCUCUCCUUUCUCCCCCCCCCCC